CCCAAAUCGACGACGGCAUCCCGAGAUUCGGCAGAUUUCUUCACGAAGUAACGCCACACAAACACCGAUACAAUGGCCAAGAUCUCGCGCGGUGCCCCUGGUGGCAAGCUCAAGAUGACCCUGGGUCUCCCUGUUGGUGCUGUCAUGAACUGCGCCGACAACUCGGGUGCCCGCAACCUGUACAUCAUCGCCGUCAAGGGUAUCGGUGCCCGCCUGAACCGCCUGCCCGCCGGCGGUGUCGGUGACAUGGUCAUGGCCACCGUCAAGAAGGGCAAGCCCGAGCUGCGCAAGAAGGUCCACCCCGCCGUCAUCGUCCGGCAAUCCAAGCCCUGGAAGCGCUUCGACGGUGUCUUCCUGUACUUCGAGGACAACGCUGGUGUGAUCGUCAACCCCAAGGGUGAGAUGAAGGGCUCUGCCAUCACCGGCCCCGUCGGCAAGGAGGCUGCUGAGCUGUGGCCCCGUAUUGCCAGCAACUCCGGUGUCGUCAUGUAAAGCUCCCUCUUGGUGUGAAGGGGAAGCAGGAGGGUGGAACAAGACGGGGGGAAAUCAACCCCACGGUACUUCUCCAAGGAGAGCCCACCCACCACUACGAAACACGACGCAGCACGGCGGCCGUCACCACCAACCACCACCACCACCACCACCACUGUCCUCGCUGGGCGAUUUUCGAAAAUACAGAGCGCGAAUAGAACUCGGGCGGGGGCGGCGGGGCGGCAAACGUAAAAAGCGUGUGUUUUUUGACGACGGGGUCGAGAUGGUCAGUCGGAGCGGGUCUUGUCCGCUUGGUGGGAGGUUUUAGAGGGAGGGGAGGGAAAGUCCGGACGGCUUGGCAGGGCUCUGCAUUUCGGUUGCGGCGUGUAAAGGGAUGAUUCAUACCAGGUAUUGCAUCAUGGACAAGCAACAAAAAAACCAAAACAAAA